AUGUCUAGAUCCAUUACCAUCCGUGCCACGAACACUCAGCCCAUCUGGUCGGUGGCCUCCCUCGAGGACGUUUUACUUCGCGAUGGAUCCCUUCCAGAGUUCUUAGUGUCCAUCUGUCGUCUUCCUUCUCAUUAUAUGACCAGCCCAUCCAUGUUUUGCCUUAGAGACGUAUUCCGCUGGAUUGCGAAGACGGGACAUUGA